CUGAACGUCUCGAUGCCGGCGCAACGACGCUCCUUCACAAGGCUUUUGGCAUUCUGCCUUGCUUCGGCCGCGUUUGCACACGCGUUCGUGGUCCUGCAGCAACAGGCCCCUAUCUUGCUUGAGGACGCGUCGCGUGGCGCAGACACGCUGGCAUCCAAGGAGCUCGUUGACUCCACCGUUUUGCAGUCCACCAUCACCAAGGACAACCUCUUGAAACGCGCUCAGGAUCUCUACGAGAUCGCGAAGGUCUCCGUUGACGAAUGGCAGCAUCCCACUCGCGUCAUCGGCAGCGAAGGUCAUGCUCACACCUUGGAGUACAUCGCCCAGAGCCUGGAGAGCCUCGGAGACUACUACAACAUUUCCACCCAGUCCUUCCCUGCCGUGGUCGGCCAGGUCUUCGAGUCACGCCUCGUCCUUGCGAAUGGUGUGCCCGAUUCUGCACGAGCCAUGUCCAACACCCCGCCGACGCCCAAGAAGGAGCCUGUACUCGGGAAGCUUGCACUUGUCCAUGACACCGGAUGUGCCCCGCACGAUUAUCCUUCAGACGUUGCGGGUGCAAUCGCUUUCAUUCCUAGAGGGACUUGCUCAUUCGGGGACAAAUCCGCCCUUGCGGGGCUUGCGGGAGCGAAGGCCGCUGUCGUCUACAACACCGAGCCAGGAAAUAUCGCGGGAACGCUGGGUCGACCCUCCCCUAACCAUGUUCCGACUUUCGGCAUUUCCGCGGAGGACGCAGCGAGUUUUAUCGAACAGCUUGCACGCGGAGAGAAGAUCGACGCGUCAGCGUACAUCGACUCCUACGUGAGUGAGAUCAAGACGCAGAACGUCCUCGCGCAAACCACGGCCGGAGAUCCCGACAAUUGUGUCAUGCUCGGCGGACACAGCGACUCUGUCGGCGCGGGUCCGGGCAUCAACGAUGAUGGGUCCGGAUCCCUAACUCUGCUGGAGGUGGCCACUCAGCUUACCAACUAUACCGUCAACAAUUGCGUGCGCUUCGCAUGGUGGUCUGCCGAAGAAGAGGGCCUCCUUGGCUCGGACUACUAUGUCUCGGUGCUCGAAGAAGAGGAAAAGGCGAAGAUCAGGUUGUUCAUGGACUAUGACAUGUUGGCCUCUCCGAACCACGCGUAUCAGGUCUACAAUGCGACCAACGACGUCAACCCCCUAGGAUCCGAAGAGUUACGCGAUCUCUACGUUGAUUGGUAUACGGCCAACGGUCACAAUUUCACCUUCAUCCCCUUUGACGGGCGGAGCGACUAUGAUGCGUUCAUCAAGAACGGCAUCCCGGGUGGUGGCAUCGCGACCGGUGCGGAGGUGAUUAAGACGGAGGAGGAGGAAGAGAUGUUCGGAGGACAGGCAGGCAUCGCGUUUGAUCCGUGUUAUCACGAGCUGUGCGACGAUGUCAGCAACCUCAACCUCGAUGCAUGGGUGGUCAACGCCAAGUUGGUGGCUCACUCCGUGGCGACUUACGCACGCUCGUUGAAUGGUUUCCCUAAGGUGAAUCGGCAAGCGUUGGCUUCAGCGUCGCCCUAUGAACCAAGAUAUCAUGGCAGUAAAUUAGCAAUGUAAACUGGAUGGCAGGGUGGUUUAGUCAAGUAGAGCAGGUCAUUCUGGUAGAUUCUGCAACAUGAAUAGAUGCUGUGCUGGUACGCGGAGUCGCGAGUCGCACUUGCUCAGUACCGCUCAGCAUCGCG